GUAGCAGGCUGGGGGAAAGAAACCAUUUGAGGUGCAAAUGCAUGCACUUUUUUUUUCCCCCCUUUUUUUCAAGAAGUAGGGGGCAAGAGUUUGAAAGAGGAGCAGCUCCUAUAGGAGAGGCUUACUUUGUGGUAGGAUUUUCUGGUUCCUGAGAAUUAGAUGUGCAUUACCGUGAUUCAGAGUUUAGCACAAUAGUCAGGUAAAGAUGAGUAGCGGAUUUUAGUGUGGCUUAUAACAAUGGUUUGGCAUAAUUAAAUAGAGCUAUUUUAUUGGACUCUAUUAACCUGGUUAACCUUAAAUCUUAACCAUGACAGGGUUUUCAUGUAAAGAGCCUCCAUACAAAGUACAAUAUUGAAUUUUAAUUGGAGCUUUCAAGACCUUAUGUAGAGUGUAUUCUUGUUGCUUCAUCUUUUUUUUCACUUCUAAGAAGUCCAGGCAGAGUUAAAAUGCAUCAGAAGAGUACUUACUGACAUAAGUUUAAAAGCUAUGAACCCGGAUCAGAUAAAUCAAUUAAGGACAGAUUUUUUUUAAUUUUUUUUAUUUAUAUGCAUACAGCAUGUGAAGAAGGUGAGGAUCACUCUCCCUACUGUCAUAGCUCAGUCUUUACAAACUUCCCGAACAGUUUGCCAGUUUCGGCUAAGUUUCGGUUGGCCAGUAGAGAGAAAUGGUAGAAUCCAGGGCACAGCCCCACUGUCCAGCUCAAGACAUUGGUGCUUUACAGACACAGUACAAAAUUCAUCCCUCUGCUGAUAGAUGCACAGUUUGAACUCUUAACUCAGUAGUGUUUUUAUGGCUGUUGUCAAUUAUUGCCUUUAAAGUAGUGCAGUAAAGCCCUGGAGAGGCAAGAAUGACACAAACUAUUGGCAGAUUGUUCUUGUCUUAAUGUGAUGUGAGGAAACAUCUCCUUAAUUGCAGUGUCUUAGGGAAGUGUUGGGAAGGGGUGAGCUGGACGGAAAGGAAAAACAGUUGCAUCAAAGUUUCAGAGAAGGAAAUAAUGAGCAAGAGGUAAGGGGUGAGGUUAACAUGUAAGUAAGUAGUGACCAAGAGUCUGAACCCAACACAAAGCUGAGUUCAGCAGGCUUGGCAUCUGAUGCACUCUGCAGACACUGCUGUGGUUGUGUCAGUCGGCAGGCUGCGACCCCAGGUCCAAGUGCCUGUUAACUAACUAUGCGCAUCUCCUCGCACUGCCAACUGCAACUGGUACUGUUGUGUUGUCGUGCUCAGAGCUUCCCGAGUACCUAAGGUGCAGCUGAAACACGUCAUUUAUGCUGCUCAGUCACUUAGACUCCAGUGUAAAAGUUAUACAACUUCCUUAAAGUUGUUUUAAAACCAAAAUAGACACAUAUUUCAAAGACCUGUUUGGCUGUAGGCCCAUUCUAGAGUGGCCGGUAAAAGUAAUAAACUAUCCUCAAACAUUUCUGCUCAAUAAAGUUUGAGAAUAUGAAAACAAAAAAGUUCCUGUUUUAGCUUGUUAUAAAUGUUUUCUUCACCCUAUGGCUGCUGUUGUAGACGUUGACCGUAGGUAAAAGAAGAGUCAAGUACAUUGAGCUCUUAGGGCCAGAGGCCCGAUCUACACUGUGGACUUCUGUUAUUCUGUAACUUUUAUCAAAGCUGUGAGGGUUUACAGUCCCUGAACAAAAUCCUGCAUGGGCAAAAUAUCUAGGUAGACAUUUUCCCCCAUCAAAACAGCUCUUGACCAAUGUAUUUGGUUUCACCUGGGGCUCAUGGAGCCUGCAGGAGCUGAACGGCUGCAGUAAGUUGUGGUCACGCCAAGCUCAUCCUGAUGUAGGGAUGGCUUUAGCAGCAUUUGCUGUCUUUAAAUUCCUUACUGUUGCUGCAUGCACCUGGAAUGUAAAUUAUUAAAAACAACAGAAAAAGACUCAUACACAGCAUUGUUUGGCUUUGCAAGAAAAGAGUAUGUUUACACAACGCAGUGCUACAUAGUCCAGCUUGGGAGAUCUGUUGAGAUAAGGCCUUGCUGUUGCAGCAGUUGAUGAGCAAAUAUUUCAUGUGCAAUAUUCUCGUGUCUCAUCUCUUUCAGUUGUAAAGAGGAGGUCUUGUCCAAAGACUUGAGUUCUCAACAGGUUAAAUAAUUGAGUUCAAGAACUGCUGUUUCUAUGGGAUCCCAAAUUAUGUGUUCAGAAGGAACUUGCCUGUUAAAUACAAACGUUUAUUCCCGUGUGAACAGAAUUGUGUUCUGUUGUGACAAAAUACUCUGAGAAAAUAUUCUGAGGUUAGAUUAUAAUGAUAUUAGUAUAAAUAAUGGGGCCUUAAUGUUGUCUGGUCUGUUGAGUGUUUAUGCGUACGGCUGAUCGUGAGCCAUUAUGUAGUGAGAGAAGUAACAGAACCAAAUGAUCUGAAAACUUGGAAGGAGCAGGUAUCUCGUUCAUUUUAGAUUAGUUGGAUAACGUAGUAAUACUGCAAGUUUAAAACAAAAAAAGUGGAGAACAAACUCUAGAUAUAUGUGCCAGGUUCUUAGGAAGCCAUGCAGCAGCCUGCUGUAUUUUAGGAACACAUUAGGUACCAGGGUUGGUUUUUCUCCAUUUGUAUGUGAGAAACGUUCUCUACUGAGUUUGUAAAGCAGGAAAAUCUUCUGGAUUUUGGGCAACAGAAGAGUUGAGGGGGCUCCUGAGAGCUGCUUGCCCCAGCCGUGGCACCGUUAGCAGGGACGGUGCUGUGCCUUGGUGCUGGAAGGGUGCGUGGCGUGGUAUGGCUUUAACAUACACCUGUCCGUGCUGCUGCACGUCGGAUGUGAAAGUAAAAAUAAAUGUGUGAAGCACCAGACAGAGAAUAUGAAAUCGAAAUCUGAGAACCACAUCUUCAAGCAGUCUGUUGCCAUAAAUCCCGGGCCGUAUAUAUGGGAGCAUGUGUAGACGUUCUGCUGUUGAGCUGCAGUGUUUGCUGUAGGCAAGUAAUCACAGUUCAAUUUAUAAAUGACAGUAAGUAGGGAAACCAUUACUUCAGGUCGCUGGUGUUUUGGGUAUGUGCGGCUCUUUGAUGUCUGAGUGAGAAGUGAAGCAAUAUCUAAAAUUAACAAAGGAAUAUGUGAAAUUAAUGUCAAAAUGCAGGCCUUGGAGGAAAACGGGCAAGGCCAGCCACUGAACGUGGUUUGGUUUGUUCCCCUGAAUUGUCAUUUCUUAGGGUUAGGGCACAGAAAGAACGCAAACAGUUGAGACUUUUAAGUCCCAAGGUAAGUUAAUGCUAUAGAAGAAACUUUGAUUUAGAUACGUGCGUAUUUAAUUUUCACAUUUAUAGUUGAUAUGUAUAAUACGGAUGUGAUUAGCAAAACUUCUGCCAUUGGCAGUUCAGAUACAACUAGAUUUAAUAGCAUCUCCAUGCCUUAGUUUUGCUGAAUUGUUACAAAAAUUGUUAAAGAAUUAGUGUAUGGUUGGAAAACAGAAAAGAGGAAUUUAAUCAAUUUUGCAUCUGAACACACAUUCAAGUAUUGUCUAUCCAAGAAUGCACCACUGUGGUUUUAUGUGCUGUUUUCCAGCUUUAUUCCAGGAUUAUUUCAGAUGCUGUUCUGUGCAACAGGUUACCGUGUUGAUGAAGCUCAGUGCUAGAAGCGCGAUCCUGCCAUGGCUAUGGGGGGAAUGUUUUCCCCCGAGGGGUGCAACAGUGGUCUGCAAAAAGGUUAUGUUGGCCAUGCCUCUGGCAACAGAAAUCUCAGUGAUCGUGGUCUUGAUGAAUAAAAUCCCAUUUGUCUCGCGGUUGCAUAUGAAGCUUAUAAUUGCUGUGCUUUAGAUUUACUCAUCCAGAGUGCAAGAUUCCUUUCCUAAUCGUUAUUAGGAGCUGUCAAUGGGGGGGGGGGGGGGGGUGUUGGAAAAACCCUUAUGUUCACGCCUAACUAGUUGGAUUCAGAUUUAAUAUGAUGCAGUCUUUUCUUCCUCUUUGGGAUGGAAGAUUUACUGAAUUGAUGGUCCGUGAUGGGCAUUACUCACACUGACGGGAUUCAGUGGUCAAGUGUGUUGGAAUGAAGGAUGAAGAUCUCGCUGUAGCUCUUAGUUAUUUUUCUCAAUCUGAAAAGACAAAGACAAGUUUUGCCUUCAGAGAAUUGAGACUUGUGGCUCCUCCUUGUAAGACCUAAUAAAACACAUGUAAGAGAAACAGAACUGUUUUGAAGUCUUCGUGUGGAAGAACUUGAAGAAUAUCAGAGUUUGGUGCAGAUGUACAAGAAUAAAUGUGUGUAAAUGCUGAAAAAUUGGAAUGGAGUGAUCAGGUAAAGCAGUGGUGGUAUAUGAAUGUAGUGGCAGAAUAUUUGGGAGAAAGAGCGGUUGAAGAUAGCUCUAUUUUUGGGCUCAGUUCUAAGAAAACAUUGUCUUCCUGUCCUUUCAAUCGUAUUUUUUUGGAAAAAAAGGCCUCAAAGUUAUGCAUUAAUUACAUCAUUUUGGAUUAUGGACUAUGUAGGUCUCGAUUCUGUUUUCAUAGUGGUUUAUUUACCAAUUCACAACUUUGUAAAUAAAGCACAAAUAGUGUCCAUGCUGCGUUGUGAAAAUAAGGUGGUUUUUAGAAAACUGUUCCCUGCUACGUAUAAUUAAGCAAGUGCUUUCUCAGAAGCACCAUAAUUUCCGUCACUUAAAAAUCUUUUAAUGCAGUACAGAUCCUCAUUUCGGCUGAUGCUCAGCAUCAUAUUUCCAGUGAAUCUUUUUGCCUUGAUGCUUACUUUACAUACAAGUAUUCCAGAAAAAAAGAAUCAGAAACUGGCUGGGCAUAGCGCAUAUCUUAUUCUCUAGUUACUCUCAAGGUGUUUGCAAGGAACAUGCUCCAGGAAGACUUUGCACAGUAAGUAAUCCUGGGAAAUUCUCAGUUUUGAGACUUCUCAGUUGAACCGUUGGCCGUUCACCUUGUCUGCCUGUUGGCUUGCUGUGCAAUACGGUACAUUUCUGCUUAAAACCUUGUGAAGUUGGAGAUGAAUUCAAAGUCUCCAGAUAAACAAUAUCAUCUUGUUGGCCUUAGAGGGCAGUUUCUUCUCCUGAUCUUAAAACUUUUAGAGGAAAUAUGCUUUUGUUAUCAUUAAGUCAGUUUUCUUUUUGCUUGUGAUGUAAAUGUGGAGGCAGGAUUUAUGGAAAUGACUGUAGGGUAGCGCUGGCCUAAUUAGUCAUUAUUUCGGGCAAGGCAUACAAAAUUGGUCUUUCUUGUGCCUAAAACGAAUAGUGUGCUUUGUAUUUAAUCUGUAGGUCUUCUGUAAAACAAAUGAUCUUGCAAAAUAUACAUAUUUAAAGUCUUUCUAAUGUUUGGCAUGCUGUUCCAGCGAGUCAUUGAGGUUUCUAGUUGAUGGUUACAUUUAUUAAGGUAGGCUCUCUCUCCCUCAGAAACUAUAUAAUUAUCUGUAUAUAUUUAAAAACAAUAUAUAUUUUUAAAGACGUAUUAGUAGCUAAACUGGAAUUUGCAGUGGCAGUUUGGAAUUGAAUGUGCAUUUUGUACUGGUGUCUAUUCGAGGAUUAAAUGGAAAACACUGCAGUGCUUUAUAAAAAAUACUAACACCUAUUGCAAGGUUGCACAGAGUGUCAGUGUGGUAUGGUCCCUGCUGGGCCGAGUUAAGGCUCUUACAGGUGGGUUUUCUCUUUUUUUGGCCUUAGUGGGAUGAAUUGCCAGUAAUUGGUAUUUCACCCAGAAGUGACCCAGGUGACUUGGAGACUUCAGCACCUUCUGCAGUCCUGCGCAUGCGGAGCGCUUCGCUGCCAGCCUUACGCGAGGGGCGUUCGGCACGGGGAAGGCUGGAAACCUGCCUUAAAACAAAAUAAUCUGCACGGGCGUGUGCCGUGAACGCUCCUCCGUGCCGUAUUCUGUCUCUUUGUGGGAACACAGCUUACACUGCUGCCCUUCGAUGUCCUUAAGGACCACGCUGCUGGAGCAGAAAGCUGCUCCCUACGUUCCUUUUCGUGAGUCUGUUUCAUGAUUAAACUUCUAAAAGUCGCAGCCCCCAACACGCAACUACAGUUCCAUGGUAGCUGUGACAUUACUGUUCACGCUGUGAAUUUCAUUCCGUAGUAAAAUGAGUAUUAUGUUGUCCUUUUAAGCUGGCUGUCAGCAGAGACCGGAGAAGCUACACUUCGAGCAUCCGCGUGCAAUCUUUGCGACAAGCAGGACCCUCCGGAAAACUGUUACUGUUGGGGCAGAACUAAUCAUUCCUUGUGAAAUUAUAUAAGGAGAAUUAGCUCUGACUCUACCUCAUUUCCUUUCAUACUGCUGUGAAAAUAAGCUUGGAAACGUCAAGCCUUCCCUCCUUAUUUCUCUGUCCUAAGUGCUUUAUUAAGUACUUCUUUUUAUUAAUGCACUAAACAAAAGUAACUGCAUAUAUUUCUAGAUGCUGAUCGGACGAGCAUCCUCGCCCAGCUGGGCAGUUCGAGGUUUCCUUCCGAGGACAGGACUUCCAGGUUUAGUUGCCGUUGCCUUCUCAGUGCUUUGCCUUUAUUUCCCCCAUGGAUCGUUCCGAGUACUUCAUAUUUAAGGUAGCAUGCUUGAUGUGAUAGAAAAUUGUCAAUCACAGGCUGCCUUGGCUACUUAGAAAAAGGAGAGAUCAAAAGGCUGCUCGGAGCUCUGAGGAGCAGCAAAGUCACCUGCUGGUUUGCCUGGCGGGGGCCUGAACUCCUCCAGCCUUUACGUUUAGAAAAGAAAACUCAGAUCUCAGGAGGUCAGCCAGCCACGGAGCCCUGCACCGCGUGCGUGAGUGCACAGCGCCCACCACAAAGCGAGCUAGGUGCGCACGGACGUGUCUGACACGUUCACCUUAACCACGUCUGAAAAACACCCGGUGAGGACUGUGACCCCUUUAUAACCUAACCUGUUGCUUAACCCUCCCCAGAGGUAACAGAUUUCUGCUUACUUUUUUCCCCCCUAACCACUUAAGCUUCUGUGUUCCUACCCCUGCCCUGGGUUUUGCAGCAGAGGGGUCUGAUCAACAGUUCUGUAACUGCUGUUACCGUAUGUUGAAGCUUGUGCUCUUUUUUUUUUUUUGUGCUAAGCAAGCUUAUUUCCCUUUAACUUCUCCGGAUGGUUUAGCUUUUCUUUGGAGCUUUUAAGUUUCCUGCACCUUUGUAUCCAGACCUGAACAUAGUGCAUGUAAGUCAAGCAGUGUCAGUGAAUAAAUCUUACCAUCUUUUGCAUAGGACACUCCUGUUAAUGCAAAUUUAAAUGAAAUUUUCACUUUUUGCAUCUAAUUCAGGGUUAAAACCCCAGUUUGGUUAUGAGGCUUUAUUGCUUAGUCCUGCUUGUUUCAGUUCUGACCGCUCCACAGAAGGCUUGCGGCCCCUCCCAGGCAGCUAUAAGAUUUUGCAGGAGAGCUCCCCUGACCCAUCCUGCAGCAUGGGGGAAGAGGAGAGCAGGUGGCCUUCCUCUGCUCCAGCUGGAGCCUUUCUGAGGGGACUGCACUUACACAGCCCCAAACAGACCAUCCUGAAAGAAGUUCGUAAGCAUUAUGGAUGUUUUAAUACUGCAUUUGAAAAUGUAAACUUCGAAAGUGUAGUUAUUAAACUCCGUUCAAGAUGCAAAAUCUCUCCUGUUCUCUAGUGUUAAUUGUCCAAGUUUGGAAGUCCCAGCUUCACUGAAGGUUUAAGAAUACUAUUACACUUGGGAAAAUUGCAUGUUGUCCAUUGGAUUGAAGCGGAUGGAACAGAUGGGGAAAAGUCCUGCUCGGCAUGGAGAUCCAUAGACAAGAUUCCCAGACAGCUUUGCUGAGGACAUGUAAGGCACGCAGCCUGGUACUUUACUGCUCCCAGCUUUGAAUGCAGACUCCAGGCAGAAGUGAAGCACUAGGAAGAUGACCGUUCUUCUCAUUGAAGCUUUUUAUGGGGGCUCCCACAAACAGCUGAUGGAUCUUCUUCAGGAAGAGCUGAAAGAAGAAUGCGUGCUCUGUACGCUCCCUGCCAAGAAGUGGCACUGGAAAGCACGGACUGCUGCCCUUUAUUUCAUGCAGACGGUGCCAACAAAUCCAAAUUACAGGAUCCUCUUUGCAAGCUCGGUGCUUAACCUGGCUGAACUCGCUGCCCUGCGCCCUGACCUGGGCAAAUUGAAAAAGGUCCUCUACUUCCAUGAGAACCAAUUGGCGUAUCCUGUCCAGAACUGGAAGGAAAGGGAUUUUCAGUACGGAUACAACCAGAUUCUUUCAUGUUUGGUUGCUGAUGUUGUGGUGUUCAACUCUGCUUUUAAUAUGGAAUCGUUUCUUACAUCCAUUGGAAAAUUUAUGAAGUUGAUUCCUGACCACAGACCAAAGGAUUUGGAAAAAAUAAUCAGACCAAAGUGCCAAGUUCUUUACUUUCCAGUCAGGUUUCCUGAUGUGAGCAGGUUCAUGCCAGAACAUAAGCUUGCCCAUUUGGAAAACUUAAUUGGUGUUAAAAGCAAUGGAGAUGCUUAUCAAUUUGCGGGCCUGCCUGGCCAGCAGAAGAGCAGAGCUUUGGGAGGUUUAAUGAAAAACAGCAACGUGUGUCGUGAGUCUGGACUUUGUGAAGCACAGCCUGGACUUUGUACCACACAGCAUGAGGGACUGCAUUCCCCAUUAACAGCACCAGAGAGAUUGAACAAGUCUGAAGCAUCAGAAAGUACAAAUCCUUGUCAAGAAGAAGAUAAGCAACAUCUGACUUUUAACCUUUGUAAUAUCUGGAGUGGAAUGGACUAUCAGCAGAGACCUUUACAUGUUGCCUGGCCUCACAGGUGGGAACAUGACAAAGAUCCUGAAACUUUCUUUAAAGUGCUGCUGAAACUGAAAGAGAAAGAACUACCUUUUCAUGUGUCCGUCCUCGGAGAGUGUUUCACUGACGUUCCAGAUAUAUUUUCAGAGGCCAAAAAAGCAUUGGGAUCUUCUGUCUUGCACUGGGGCUACUUACCCAGCAAAGACGACUAUUUCCAAGCCCUGUGCACGGCCGAUGUUGUCAUCUCAACGGCUAAACACGAAUUCUUUGGAGUGGCAAUGGUUGAAGCUGUAUAUUGCGGUUGUUACCCACUGUGUCCCAAGGCCUUGGUGUACCCGGAGAUAUUUCCAGCUGAAUAUCUGUAUUCUACACCUGAACAGCUUUUUAAAAGGCUUCAGAAUUUCUGCAAGAGACCAGAUAUUGUAAGGAAACAUCUCUAUAAGGGCGAGAUGGCUGGCUUUUCUUGGGCAGCGCUCCGUGGUAAAUUCAGGUCUCUGCUCGCAACAGAACCGAGGGAAGAUUUGUGACAGAUGGGGCUAAGUCACAAACUUGCAGCCUCAGGCAGAAUUGUGGAAGUUUCCAGAGUGUGCCCAUAUUUACCUGAUCAGAGAGAAAAGAAAAUCUGCAGAGGAAGCCGAGCCUGGCUGCUUGUCAUAGCUGACACAGAGCCAUCUGCCACAAACCUGUGGCGGCUUCAGAUCUCCAAUCCCUGCCACCACCCCAGCUCAAAUUAAAUACAGAUUCUUAGAGACGUUAUGAUGGUUACACAUGUCCUCGGCAUCACAUGCAGGAGACUGUUCAAAAAAAAUAUGUGGCCUGUUGUAUAACCGCACUCAUGUAUCCCAUAUGUGGUGCCACAUUGAAUUUCCGGUUGAAUCUGUUUUUAUCCUUUGUACUGGAUGACAUGGUGCCUGAAUUCUUUCUUUUCGCCGACACGAUGGCAGCCAAGCUGCAGCUUCAAACGCUCACACUUGGCUGGGUUUCUACCUAGGUUGCCAGGUUAUCAUUGGAGCCUUAUUGUGUCCUCAAAGGGCCACAGGGCCUGAAAGGAGGAUCCGAGUGCUACCGGACUAAUUGGGCAGCCAUCUCUGAAUUGUUUGUAGGCAAAGGGCUGCUUUAGCACUUUUCUUUUUGCAAAUUAAUGACUCUCUGGCACAGGGGUUUUUAAGUGAAGGUAUUAAUAAGGGGUCUGGCAGGUAAUCCCAUGAUUCGCGGAGUUACAUUUGCAUUUAAUUAAUCUUAAAGAAAGCUGAAAGAUAAACAGCUGUAAUUCAACUAGCAUGGGAAAUAUGCUACAUGGUGCCAUCUAUCCGAUAAAAUGAAAGCUGAGACACUUGUUUUAUUUCUCUCAAGGAUGGAGAACAAACAGAUAACAGUCAAAAUACUUCCAAUAAAAAGUAGUAGUAUAAAUGUAACGGCCGUUCAUCAAGAAUCUUUGCAUCCAGUUACAAAUACAGUCUUUUAAAGAUAAAUCACUUAUGAUUCCAGCAGUCAAGCUGCUAUAUUUGUUGAUGUAAAAUGUUUUGAAGAUGUAGAUUGUACAAUAAAUUUUUAAUAAAGUGCCCACUGCAAUUUUUAAUUAGCAUAUCUCAUUCAUGUAUAAGUGUGUACAUCUAUCUGUAUGUUUAUCACUAUGCAUAUCCUUGUGUCAGAGUCAAUGAAUGCAAUUGUGCCUUUAUCUGAUGAAGUAGAAUCUGCUUUGCAAGUGAUAAUAAAAUGUUCUGACAAUUCCAA